CUGAUGUCAGUCUUUGCAGUGGUGGCGGUGACAAACAGUUAACGACGCUGAACAACAUUGUCCAUACUUCGGUAACAUUACAAACACGCAAGUUGUGGCAUAUUGUCAGAAACUGUUUCGGUAACGACGGGCAGGGUGUUAUUUGUCCUAUUAUCUCGUCUGGCUGUUGUUUUGUUGCUGUUGUUUUGUGGCUAACGUUAGCUUAGCUCCACAUCUGCUAGCUUCCAGAGCUUACUUCAGUCUGUAGUGAAGCUGUGGUUUGUAAAAGAAAAAAGCCGAGAGAAACUGCAGAAAUAUGGCACAGAUCGGCGCAGUCCACUCCUGGUACCUUGGAGUAACAUUACAGCUGAUUUUAGCUGCCAUUCUGCACCAGGGUUUUGCCACUGUUACUGCACCUCCCACCCCCCAAACCACCACUCCACCACACACUGAGCCUGGCAAACCAGAAACGGGAAACUACGUGGUCAAGACCUCUAAUGGCACUGUGUGUUUGAAGGCAUCAAUGGGCCUCCAGCUCAACAUCACCUUCACCUCUGUCUCCAAAAAUAAGACUGUGCAGGGUGUUGUGAACCUCAAACCCAAUGGAACAGCGACCUCCGGGUCAUGUGACACAGACAGUGCCACCUUGCGGCUUCAGACAUCAGAAGUAGAGAAGACUAAUCUUACCUUUAUUUUUGUCUUGAACGCUACGUCUAAUAAGUACCACUUGAAUGAAGUGUCUUUGUCAGCAGCUUGGCCAGACAUGAAAAAACCCAUCUCAGCUCGCAACAGUAGUCUGGAUUAUCUCAGGGGCACCUUGGGCUAUUCAUACAGGUGUCGCAAUGAGCAAACUCUGGACGUAUCCCCUGAUUUCUCCAUGAACACUUACCAGUUACAGGUGCAGCCCUUUGGCCUGAAGGGUGAUCAGUUUGGAGCAGCUGAGGAAUGCCAGUUGGAUGAAGACGACAUGUUGAUCCCCAUCAUCGUUGGAGCUGCUUUAGCGGGGCUUGUCCUGAUUGUGCUCUUGGCCUACCUCAUCGGCAGAAAGAGGAGCCACGCUGGCUACCAGACCAUCUGAGCCGGUGUGUCACAUGACUCCUAAGGCCAGAGUGCACUAUCCCACCCUUAGAAUUAACCACUGUUUUAUGAGACUUAACCCUCUCCCCUAUGCCCAUGUGUCCCUCCAUCUUUCAACUCCCUGCCUCUGUGUCUGUGCAGCUCCCUGACCCUCAUCUGUAACACUAGUCUUUAUAACUUUGUGGAUUUUGUUGAGGUUGAUAUGCGCUUUCUGAACUGACCUGCUCUUUCUUUAAAAUAAGGGACUUUGUAGGAGAUUAUAAAGGAAUGAUAAAUGACCAUGCAAACCAGGGGAUUGAUAUUGAUCAGAGGGUCCAUUAGAGUCCUCAGAUUGUACUGUUUGACUUCUAUUAAAGGGAUUUUGGUAUUUGAGGGAUUUUUGCCGUAGCUCUUGGGUGACCUUUGCAGUGGUCUAGUCAUAAAGCAGCUGUUAAUAUAAAGGGAAAGGAAUGGCCAUCUAUUAUCUCUAUAACCUGUAUACACAUCAGACAGUAAGGGACAAGAUACUAGGAAACUUACUAUUAGGCAGUAAUGUAAUCAUGAAAAGGGAGGAGAGUCCAUAGAUAGGAUGUUAUAAGGAGUUUAUCUUUUUCAUUGGGAAGUGAUGACUUUCACUCCUUGUCCUCUCUGAUUUCAUAUACAGACUGCAUUCAGAUCACUUAGAUUACUGGAAAACCACAGUUUAGAUUUAGCAUUUUUUUAUUUUUAAGGAUUAGUUUUGUAUUUUGUAAAAUGUUUAAUGAUUUGAGAUGUGAGUUUGAUGAGAAGAUCACGUUUAUUUCUUAAACAUGAAGUUACAGAGUAGCCCAGAGCCAGGAGGCGACAGUUUGUGUUUAAGUCUUCAGAAGAUGACCAAGUUGGUCUGUUAAAGCCACUCCACAUUUAUCAUGUUUAUUAUAAGCCAACUGACUAACGUUGCCAUGCAGCCUGUCGACUGUAAACAGAUUUUAGACAUUCUUCUUUUGAUUAAAGCUACAAUGGGUAGAAAUCAGACAUAAAAUCCCUGCAUCCUGACCUAAACAUGAACAGAAUGAAAAACCUGGAUGCAGCGACACUGACUAUGUUUACAUGCGCAUAAUAUUCUGGCAUUUCCACUAGGGGAAUAUGCCCUCCCUUUUUUGUUUCUUCCAACACCUUCCUAAAAACCUUUGCAUUUUGGUUUUUGUUCCUUUCUCACUAGUUAAUAUCUUUCAUAACAUUUAGCAGUAGAUGUGUUCCUUCUUCAGAGCAGAAAUAUGUAUUUACCUUUGGAUUCAUCACAUCUACUGAAGGGAAUCUCUGCCUUUACUUCAGCUGACUAUAAACGGGUCAGACUAAUAUCGGAAUAUCGCAUAUUUUCAUUGGAAAAUGCCAAAUUCCAAAAAAAGGCCUAAUUCAGAAUUUAUAAUAUAUUGUUGAAAUGACACUGAUCAAAUUUAUACUUUUGUUGAAUAUUGUAAUACUGAAUCCAUACAUACAUACAUACUCUAUAUGUCAGCCCUGCGAUGAGCUGGCAACAUGUCCAGGGCGUACCCCACCUUCGCCCAUAAGUAGCUGGGAUAGGCUCCAGCGACCCUAGUGAGGAUAAAGCAAGUUCAGAUGAUGAAUGAAUGAACCCAUAAACCUCUUGUGUUGGGUCCUAGUACCCAUGAACACCACGCUGGGCUCUUUUUCCUCCUGCCACAUGACUGUCCAUGCUUCCCUUGUUGCUGCACUUUCACAGCAGUACCUGGUUUCCCAGAUGAUCAGAUUUGGAAUAAUAGUGUGCAUGUAAACAUACUGAUUGUGUCGGGUCAGAAAAGUGAAGCUGUGUCUUGACAGUGAUUAGACAUUAAACCAAUCAGGUACUGAUUUCUAUAUCAAUGUGAUGUUCCAUCUGAAGCUGAGCUCUAAAGCCUGAAUUGACACAAGAGGAAGAUCAGAAGUCAAGUUUCCUCUCAGAUCUUUUUAAUUGUUACCCAGUGAUGCCAAAUAAUACUUUAAAUUAACUGGUAAACAUAAGAGGUGCUGACACAUAUUUGGACUUCUGGACAAAGACAGGUGAACUCUGUCCUCUUUGUUAAAGUGUCAUUUCUAAACAAUCGAAACGAUCACAAACCUUUGUAUUUACAAUACAGACUCAUCUCCUGUUGAUCUUCUUAUCUAACUCUCGACUGGAAGACAAGCACAUUUUCCAAAAAGUCAAAACGGUUACUUAAAGUAUCAGCCACUCUUGAGGAUUUUGCUGUUACAAUAAACUCACACCAGAAGUUGCUUAAACAAUCUUUAAAUGAUAGUACGUUUGGCUUUGAUGGAUGAAAACGCUCAGGAUCUCUGUACGAACGUUAUUAUGUAGGUUUGUUUUCAUCCACAGGGUUUGUUUGUUGCUGAAUAUGUUGUUUGCUGAAGGGAAAGAUGUUGCACUAAAUUUCUUACAGACAGCCCAUAAAAUGGUUGAAACGGCCAUAAUGCUCUGGUCAGUGUUCAUCAGUGCCUUGACAGGUGUAACAUGGAUGGGAUCCACAUGAAGUCGAUUCCACAGAGGUACCCACUCAUUCACUGACACUGUGUGCUGCCAUGUCCGGGACAGUUUAUGUCUCACAUCGCCUUGUACUAUUAUUGCCAUUUGAUUUGUUUGAUGAAAGUACAGUUAUUUAUGUUUUUUUUUUUCCUCUGUCAACUAGAUCCAUGUAGUGGUUUAAUGAGGUUUCAGUGGAUUGUUUGAACUGUUUUCUUAAGGAGAGGUCAAUAAAAGUGACUGAACAAAGCUA